AUGGAAAGAAAAAGAGGCACCCAAUCCUAUGAAGCUGUGCCAAUGAAUGGUGGGAAUGGGGAGUAUAGCUACGCUCAAAAUUCCACCAUGCAGCGUAGAGCAGCAGAUAUAAUAAAAAAUACCGUCAAAGCCAUUUUCGAGAAGCUUGACCUCGAAAUACUUUUGCGGCAUUCCUCUAAUGUUUUUCGUAUAGCAGAUUUGGGUUGUUCAGUUGGACCUAACACAUUUUUCACUGUUCAAAACAUAAUCGACGUUGUGACGACAACCCUUAAACUACAAUCUCAUGUUCAAUUAGGGCAUGCUGGUUCAUCAAAACCUCUUGAAUUUCAAGUGUUCUCCAAUGAUCAUGUUGGCAAUGAUUUCAACACACUUUUCAAGUCUAUUCCUGAGGAGAAACAAUACUAUGCUGCUGCAACACCUGGUUCAUUCCAUGCCAGAUUGUUUCCAGAAUCAAGCAUUAUUGUCUUCAACUCAUCUUAUGCUCUUCAUUGGCUCUCGAGAGUACCUAAAGACAUAAUUGACAAGAACUCUCAUGCUUAUAAUAAAGGCAGAAUUUACUUUGCAAGUGAGGAUAAGGAAGUUGCAGAGGCUUAUUCUGCACAAUUUGCAAAAGACAUUGAAAGUUUCUUGAAUUGCAAAGCCUUAGAACUUGUUCCUGGAGGGAUCAUGAUUCUUAUCAUUCCAUGUGUUUCACCAAAUUCUGUUAACAGAUUUGAAGAUAUUGCAAAACUUAUGGAAGAUAUUCUUUUGGAGAUGGUCUGUAAGGGCAUGAUCAGCGAUGAACUGGUGCAUUCCUUCAACUUGCCUAUCUACAUGCCAACAUCAGAAGAGGUAAAAGAAGUGAUUGAGAAGAAUGGGAAUUUUGAAAUUGAUGAUCAAGUGUUAGAUUCAGUACUAUCAGUUAAUAGUGUUAUUAUAAGCACACGUCAGCAAGACGUGCAUGGAUUUUGCAUGCACGUAAGAGCUGUGUGGAAAGGGCUUUUCAAGCAACACUUUGGAGAAGAGCUUGUGGAUCUGAUCUUUAUACAGUUUGAGAAGAAAUUGACAGAAUCUUACAGCUCCUUCAUAAAUUACAAGCCCAUGUCUGAAUUAUCUAUCAUUAAGCGCAACUUCUAUUUAGUAUAA